GGCUGUAACUGUGGCUGUGGCUGAGGUUUGAGACGCGCCAGGACGCGCACAGUGGGCUGGUUUGUGCCGCUCACUCCCGCAGAGGCGAUGCCCUUUUGUGGAGAGGGUCGCUCUUGUCACACAGAGGACAGACGGCUUUCACAGUCAAAGAGAAGAAGUCGAUUUUUAAAAGACUCCAUUCUUCCCCCGCUGCCGCUGCGCGAUGACUGUGGGUGUUUGAGAAGAUCUUUGUUGCCCGGAGAAAAGUAAAGAAGAAGAAGGAGAAGGAGAAGAAAACGCGACGUGAACGCGUCGAGGGGGGGAUUUAAUGUUCAGGGUUACUUCAGUGCAGCUGAUGUUGUCAUCCACUCUCUCUCCACCUCUUGUCUUCUCUGGCGGAGUUUCUGCUCGAGCGUGGUUUUGGAUGAGUAACCGAACUUUUACGCACCGUUUUACGCACUGAUUUUCCUUCACAGACUGUCAGAAUGAACUUCGUCUCCGCGGUACCUGCGUGACAGCGGCUUAGAGUCCGAGCAUCAACUUUCAUUUUCGUGGAUAUUUGCCUUUAAAAAGAGAAAAUCACGAUGCCAGUUGACAAGUUCGCAAACAUGGAGGAGAAACUGUGGAUAUUAGAGGAUCUAAAUAUGAUGUACAUCCGGCAGAUUGCACUGAGUUUACAGGACAGCGACAUCCAGAAGAAGAUCGACCAUGAGAUCCGGAUGCGCGAUGGAGCCUGCAAACUGCUGGCCGCCUGCUCCCAGAGAGACCAGGCCCUGGAGGCGGCAAAGAGCCUGCAGACGUGCAGCACUCGCAUCAUGGCCUACAUGUCGGAGCUGCAGAGGAUGAAGGAGGCGCAGGUCAUGCAGAAGGUCACGCGGAGGUCGUCGGACGCGGGGCCGAUGGACGACAGACUCCCGUGUAAAGGAAAAGUGGCCAUUUCAGAUCUCCGUAUCCCUCUCAUGUGGAAAGACACCGAAUACUUCAAGAACAAAGGAGAGCUUCAUCGAUGUGCCGUGUUCUGCCUGCUGCAGCUGGGAGGAGAGAUCUUUGACACGGACAUGGUCAUCGUGGACCGGACGCUCACGGACAUCUGCUUCGACAACGCCAUUGUAUUCACUGAUGCCAGCCCAGGUUUCGAGCUGCGGGUCGAACUGUACAGCUGCUGCUCGGAGGACGAUUACUCAGCAGGGAGCACACCGAGGAAACUCGCCAGCAAACUGAGCUCCUCUCUGGGCAGAUCGUCUGGCAAGAAGCUGCGGGCGUCCAUGGAGCCUGGAGCCUGCAGUCCUGUCAGCAACGGCGGGGCGUCUCCCCUCCUGCUGCCUGUUCCCUCCGUACCAGGCCCCAAGUACCAUCUCUUAGCUCAUACCACGCUGUCGCUGUCACACGUGCAGGACAGCUUUCGCACACACGACCUCACCAUCUCAGGCAACGAGGAGUGUUCAUACUGGCUGCCUCUCUAUGGCAGCGUGUGUUGUCGCCUUGCAGCUCAGCCUCUCUGUAUGACCCAGCAGAUGAUGAGUGGAUGUUUAAAGGUGAAGCAGUGCGGCGCCGACCCUCAGAGUUGGACAAAGGUGCACGCGGCUCUGAAAGGAAGCAGCCUUUUCUGCUACCACCGGCAAGAGGACGUGGAGGCUAACGUUGAACCGGCUUUCACUAUCGCCAUCAACAAGGAGACCAGGAUACGAGCGUCGGAGAAAGACCCUCAGAGUAAAGUCCAGAACAUCUGUGUCAGUAACCAGUACGGAGGCGAGGAGGUCACUCACACGCUGACCACAGACAGUCGCGAGGACACACACCGGUGGAUGGAGGCCUUUUGGCAGCACUUCUACGACAUGAGCCAGUGGAAGCAGUGCUGCGAUGACUUGAUGAAAAUUGAACUGCCGUCGCCACGGAAACCGGCACCUGCCACACCAAAACAGGGUUCCCUCUACCACGAAAUGGUUAUUGAGUCGUCCGAUGACCUCAGCAGCACCGUGUCAGACAUCCUGGCUCGGAGGUUGCAGGAGCUGGAGCUCCGCAGUCAGCUGGGCACCUCUCCCACCUGGAUGUCUCUGUUCGAGGAGGACAACCCGAAAAGCGCUGGCCGCCCAAGUCCCUGUACUUCUCGCCUCUCUGGCCGCAGCCCCCGCACCCCCCACCGCUUCCCCCGGAGCCCUGUGAGCCCUCACCGCUGCCCACAGCUGGGCCUGCUGUCCUCGGAUGUGAGCCUGACCUCAGACAGCGACAGCCAGUGCAGCACCAGCCCCUGCUCCCACCAUCACAACUGGCCUGAGCCUUCAAACUUCUCCCUCUCGUCGUCAUCCCCGUCCCGCCUGAGGCCACGCACUCUGUCGCUGGACGCGAAGCUCAGCACACUACGAGGGAGGGGUUACGGAGGAGGAGGAGGGACCUUCCAGUGCCCCUGCCAGCCUCCUCCUUCCUCGCUGCUCGUUCCUAUUCCCAUCUCCUCCUGUUCACCUCGAUCGCAGCGCAGCACGCAGACCACGCUCUCCUGCUCCAGCUCCACCUCCAGCAACAGCUCCAGCAACAGCGAGGGCAGCCACAGCCCCGAGUCUUCAGAGGGACUCCCUUUCUCGAGGCCUUCCCCGGCUCGACGCAGCCUCAGGAACCUCAGGGCCAGACUCGAUCCUCGCAACUGGCUCCAAAGUCAAGUGUGAUCCCCGUUUCCUGGCAGACAAUCUGUGCUGGCCUGAAGGUAGUAGUACUUAUCAAAUCAUUAGCCGGUUUAAUGCAUGAUCCGACCUCAGGCUACCUGUUAGGUCAUGAGCACAGCCCGGAGAAGGAGAGGAGCUGCCUCCGUCCUGCCUCCUGGUGGAGGAAGGAUCAUGGAAGACUCUCCCUGGGGACAAACUGGAAUGUCUUCUCACAAAAACAAAGACAGGUGACAAUCACUGCAGGUGUGUGUUCUUUUUGCAGGGUUGCCACAGUUUUCUUCACUAUAUGGGAGGUUCUCUGCUUGCUUUGACACACAACGGUCAUGGGAAGUGAUCAGUGCUCUGAUAAACGGGACGACUCGUCGGAAUCUCGUUCUAAGGCCUCGUUCAGACCUGGUAUUCACAUCCGUCCUCACUGACCCCGAAGUAGGACAUUUCACACCUGGCCUUAAAACACGUCCUCGAUGUGUCUCCUGUGAAAACACAAAGACCAGUUCUGGCUUCUCCACACGUUUUAUUUAAACACACAUUCAAAUUGUGUUUUUAACAAAUCUGAGCGUGUGGUGGAGCUCGAGUGAGUCAAACCUCGACUUCAGCUGCUAUAAUAUGAAAUAAUUUGCAUUUCAUUUAGAUUUAUUAUUAUUAUUGUUAUUAUU